AUGGACAGAUCGACACACUCAUCGAGGGCAGGGACGGUGACUCCCGUCAACCUGCAAACUCGGAUGGAUGCCGUGCUUCCGAUUGCAGAGAGCAGUCAAAUGAAGACAACGGUGUUUCUAUCGGACAAUUCAUCCGCGGAGGUGGGGUACGAUGGGUCCACCACCGCUGCGGAGCUCUUGGAGGUCCAUGACUACAUCAGCAUUCACGACUCCGCUUAUAUACGGGACACGGUGGCCGAGCUGAUGGGAUUCCGGGAGACAGGCGAGCGGGCCGUGCAGAGGCGACUCGUGUGCCGCAAGCGAUAUUUCCUGGAGAACGAGGAGGCGAUAGCAGACCCCAUGUUCAUCCGACUGUGCUACCACCAAGCGCAACAGGAUUAUCUGGAGGUCAACUUCCCCACGCCCGAGGAUUUGGCGGCGCAUCUCACAGCGCUCCAGGUCGUUGUGGACUUUCGGCUCACUGCCUGCGCAUCAAGUGGAGGACUGGCAAGCGCAGGUGUGGUAGAGGAUCCCGCUGCAGCAAAGCUAACAGCUGAACAGGCGAUGCAGCAGGCGCUGAAGUGGUUCCGAGCCCUCCCGUACGGCGGGUCAGUUUUCUUCAACGUGGGGCGCAUUCAUGACCCCCAAUUCACUGCCGGAGCGAGUGCUCAUGGGCAUCAACGAGUGCGGGAAGGAUAUCGCUUUUCAAGGGAGCUGCGUAGCAUCAGGCAGUUCUGCAGCAGCCCCACUUCAGUGUCCCUGGAGUUGCUCUUCAUGGGCUCGUUGCAGGUCUUGCAUUUUGAGACCACGCAGGGCGACCAGAUCUGCCGCACCAUCUAUAUGCUCGUCCAUAAUGCCACUGCGAAUCUCUGUGCUAGGCAGAGAGCGCAGCAGCAAAACGCACUAAUGCAUGGGCAGGGGCAAGGGCAGGAGCAGGGGCAGGGGCAGGGGGCGCACCCUAUGGGGGAGUAUGAGCAGCGGGCCAAGGAGUUGUCGGAGGAAUUGAGAAGAGGGGUCAUGCACAUUGAGCAGCUGAAGGUGUUGGAGCUGCGUUCAUCAGCAGAGAGGGAUGGGCUAGCAGCUAGCCUGGCGAUCGCGGAGCAGCGCUUGGGGGUGAGCCGGGCAACAGAGGCCCAGCUGAGGAAGGAGGUGAAGGGGAAGGGGAAGGAGGCGCAGCCAGAGCACCGGGAGGGUGUCUGCAAGGAGCUGGAGGAGCUGAGAACGAGGAACGAGGAGUUGGAGCGGAGCUUGGUGAAGCAUGAGGAGGAGGUAAAGCAGCUGAAGGAGGCGUACGACAAGGAGGUUGUGGAGCGCAAGAAGGCCUGCAACAAGCUGGAGGGUGAGUGGUGCACUGGGGCUCUCAGCUGCCUCUCAGUAUCUUGGCCCUGGGUUGGGUGUGCCUUGAGCAUGGACUGGGUGGUGGUGCUUGCAAGUAUCAAAGUGUGUGCGUGGUGGCAGCCAUUGAGCCGCUGGAAGCGGCCUUUUGUAGCUGUAUGGUGCCCUGAGAACGUUCCCCGUCCCCCUCCCCGUCCCCAACCAUCUCUCUGUCCCUCCCGCUGCGCAUAUGAAGAAUCGAAGGGCAAGAUUUGGGUGAUGGCGCGGUGGCGGCUGCUGAGUGGCAAGGAGCGGGACGAGCGGCAGCGCAUGGUGUUGGGGAUGACGGACGAGUUCACGCUGCAGCUCCCCUCCAAGGACGGUGGAGAGCCCAAGCAUUUUCAGUUUGACCGGGUGUUCGACCACAACGCCAGUCAAACGACCGUGUUUGAAGACAUACGGUACCUGAUUCAGUUGGCCAUUGACGGGUUCAACGUGUGCAUAUUCGCGUACGGGCAGACGGGCAGCGGCAAGACAGGCACACCAUCCAUGGCACGGACGAGGACCCCGGGCUCACACCGCGUGCCAUGCAGGAGAUUCAGAGUUCAGAGUGCCCAGGCGGGUGACUUCUCGACGGCAAUCAGCGACCUCACUGCUUCACUCAAGCGCCAACACAAGGACCCCAUGCUCAUCCGUGCUGUGGGCAGUGGAGAGACGCGCUUGAAUGAAGUGAUGGAGGAGGCAGUGAGGCGGCAACCACGAGUGGCGCUGCUGUGGAGUGACAAGGAGUUGGGCCAGGCGGGCCUUGCAGUGGAUGCACUGCACAAAGCACUAGCGCUGGAAGAGUCACCAGAGGCAUAUCUACGGGUGGGCCUUCAGUUGCAGAGCAUUGGGGACCACAGAGACGCCAUCAAGUACGCCCACACGGCGCUGAAGCUCAGGCUGAUGGACAUUGAGUUCAACUACCAAGAAGCUUCCUCGCUGCAUGCAGUUGGGGACUACAAUGCUGCAGUAAGACGUGCCAUGUUAUUUUUCAUUCAUUGCAUGGGUUCAAAUUGCUUUAGCAAGGCGUGGGGUUAG